AAUCAAUCCGAAUCUGAACCAGAACCAAGCAUCAGCCUAUCAGGCAGAUCUAAAGGGAAGCCUUAAGUGGGAGGUUUUUAUGGGAAGGAGGUGGGAGUAGUUCUCCGCACGCAUAGUUUUUACAAGCUUCCCUCACAACGCCUGGAUGAAAGCAGGGGAGAGAAGAGCGGAGACACCGGAGCCGCUGUUGCCUAACGUGGAAGGAAGGCGCGGGAAGAAUGCCCUGACAGCUCCGCGGAAACUUUUCUCACCAGUCGCGCACGCGGAAAGCAGUGAUCACCAGUUUGGGCGCACGUGAAGAAGGACUGUGGAGGGGAAUCCGCGCGUGGUGCAACAGCCUCGAGUUUGCCUCAGGAGCGCAGYCUGAAAUCAGCAGAGAUGGGGAUGAACUUCUCCUCUGGCUGGAUAUUCCGCGGCUGGAUAGUCUUGUGCGUCCUUCUCAUCUUUUACGCACAGGAUGCAGUCUCCAAAGCCAUUCAGUGUGGAGAAAACCAAUAUUUCAAAGACUCCAGAUGCUGCAAAAAGUGUCAGCCAGGAGAGCGUGUGUUGUCUCACUGCACUGAAUCGGACCAGACUACAUGUUCAAAGUGCAAUCAUUAUGAAUAUCAGCCUGGCUGGACCGACAAAACCACCUGCAUCCCGAAGAAGUACUGCGAUGCUGGAAAAGGAUUUAUGGAAAGAAAUGAUAAUGAAAGUUUUACGGAGGAGGAGCCGUGUCUCUGCCAAACUGGACUCCAGUGUCACACCAUCAACUGUGAGUACUGCGAGGACAUCCCAAAAUGUCCCCCUGGCAGUGGACUUGAGGACGACCCAGGGUCGACGUAUGGAAGGAAAGCGUGUUUUGCUUGUGAAGAAGGCUUUUAUUCUGACAAGACGAAUGCUGAGCAAUGCAAACCAUGGACCAAUUGUAAAGCUGAGGGCAGAAGCGAGAUGCAGCCAGGCAGUUCCGAGGCUGAUGCUGUGUGUGGACAGCAUGUCCCAGUUACCCCGUUCUCCUGGGUUUUAGUUUCAGUUCUGUCGGUCAUCACUGUUCUGUGUCUCCUCAUUCUGCUGCUCUUCUGCUACAAGGACAAACUGAAGUUACUCUCUGUAAACCUGCGAUCUUGCGUCCAGAAUCUGAAGAGGACCCGGAUACAGCAGGAGACUUUAGCCCCUCUUUACCACAGUGGAACAGCAGGAGAAGCUGGAGGAUUCAAAUGUACACCAUGUGAGGCGACCAAACUCAUCUGCCAAGCCCCCCAGAGUCUUGAAAUUGAUCCCCCGUGCACAGUUCCCGCCUCUGUUUCCUUUGURAAGGUCUCCCUGCCCUCCCCAGAGGGAACGGGAGAAAAAGAAGGCGUUAAGGAGAGAACAGCGACAGGGGAUGGCAGCAAAAGGGCCGGAGAACCAGAGGAGUUGUCCGAAGAAGAGGUCGCGAACACGGUUCCGCUUUCGGCAGGGUCUUGUACRUGCACCAUCCCUGUCCGUGAGCCACUGGAAGUAGGGGAGAACGAGGACUGUAGCCAGGCUGUGAUUCCUGAGAUGGCAGCAACUUGCUCCUGUGGAGGCCUCGACGGAGAGAGACACCGAGACGGGAGCAGAAAUGACUUUGAAAGAGAGAAAGAAAAGAUGGGUUCAUCCAACAAAGAGACAUGUGGUGCAUCUUUAGUUGCUCUUUCCUCUCCUCUCGUCCACACCUCCGCUUUGAGCUCACCAUCCAAUCCAAGUCCUGAACUCUGUGUGCCGUUGUCCCAGGCCCGAGCGAGGCCCACAGAUCUGUCAAACGUGUCCGACAAAAUGCCGGUAAAACAGGAGGAACUGUACGGACCGGCAAGCACAGACUCCGCCUCAGCUGAAAGUGGCAUAGUUCAUGCUAAGACAUUAGUCAGCGCCUUGAUGACCUCCACGUCUGCAGGAGAGCUCUACCUGGACAGGCCCUCGGAGGCCUCCAGGUCCGAAAAAAGCUCCUGCAGGGACAGCAAAGAGAACAAGCUGGAGGAGUCGGAGCUGGGGUGCUCGCCAGAGAGCCUCCACAGUCAGCUGGCCGAACCAUCUCUUACCUCAGGUCUGGUUUCUGGAAACCACAACACUACUUUCAUCUCCAGCGGUCAAGUGAUGAACGUUACAGGCGACGUCAUCGUCGUCUACGUCAGCCAGAUGUCCAGCAGCAGUGACGACGGGRACCAGGACGAUGCUUUCAGAAGUCCUGUCCAGGAGGAGGCCGGUGAGACGGCUCAGUUCUUCCAGAGCAGACAAAGACCACAGGGGGACUGCGCUACUCAGAGCACCUUAGAGACAUUACCCGUCCAAGAAGUGAGAAAAGAGAGGAUACUGGUAAAGUGAAACAAAGAUAAAUAAAUAAAUAAUAAAGGCUGUUUUAAUGUCAGGACCAAGAUCAAUCUCAAAAGCAAURGCUAGACCACAUCAAGCUCCAGUAUGAAACCAAAAUUAUUAUAAUUAUUAUUAUUAUUAUUAUUUGCAUCAGUGAUUUUCGCCUUGCCUUUAUUUUUACUGGAAAGCUGCAAGACGUUCUCAGAAACAAACUCCUCUCUGCUCAGAGUGGUGAGUGAUUUGGUUCAGAAUUGGAUGUGAAACUGGAGUUCAUGCUGGAAAAACAGAACUCUUUCUUGCACCUUCAACUGGAUUAUGGAACUAAACACCGAUACAUAUCAAACUUCACAUUUAGAUGAUUUUAAUACUUUUUAUACCAUAAAUUUCCACUAUGGAAAUACUUUUUAAUGUUUUUUUAUGGCUGGAAGUUGCUUUGUUUAACUAUGCACAAUCUGACUGAAACUUUUAAAUAAAAUAAAAAUAUGAAGCAUUUCACUGAGUGAAGCGAACGAGAGCUGCUUCACACUAUCAUUCUCAGUAAGAAGCUGUUUUUAGCCUGUACAUAGACUUUAUUAGGUUUAUAUUGCACUACAUGUGCAGUUCAUGUUGAAGAAAAGAAUGCUAUGCAUUUGAUAAGCUAUUUUAUUCCAGAUUUGACUGAUUUCAUUCUGCUUUAAUGUAUAAACUUUGAAGAAAAGUGACAUUUUAUAAUUGUUUUAAAUAAUUUGUGAGGUAAAUCCUUGAUGUUUUUUUUUUCAGAACAUAYAUUUGUGAUUGUUGAUUUAUAUAUUUUUAAAAAGUGUUAUGAUUUGUGAAAGAAAUCAUAUAUUCUUGUGUUGUAUCAAACUUUGCCACCAACAACAGGUGAGAUUCAAACAAUCUAACUCUGUGGGAGUUGAGUUCAAGUGACUCCUACAAAAACCUUGACUAUAACUGUUUCCUGAGGCUUUUAUAUUCUUAAUGCCCCUAUCUGUUAGUGGGUAAUCUGAUAUAUGAAAUAUGAUAUUUUUUUAUUUAAGAGCGGCUAAAUCAUCAAUUAAAAUCUUAAAUUAUGUAAGACUGAAGCCAAUUUUUUUGAGUCAAAGUUUUCUAUUAGAUAUACAGUACAGCUUUACCAUUAAUUGCACACCCUCAGUGUAACAUGACACCAACAUAAGUGAUUAAAACUAAACAUAUUUUUAAAAAUGCAUAUUUAAGCACACUAAAGCAAGGCAGUCUCUGUUUUUAAUUAGAAAAAUGUCCUUUAGUUUACACAGAGGGGCAGAACUUAAGAUUUUACUGCCAAACAUUAGAGCAUCAUCUUCUUUUCUGCCUUCAACUUCUKCCUUCUUGUCCUGUCUUUAGUAAUAAUAUUUGUCAGUGGUCUAAAACAGCCCAGUCCUGAUCCUCGAGGCCCAAUAUCCUCCAUGUUUCAGAGAUUUUCCUGCUCKCUAAUGUCUUUUAGUUCUGCAGAAACUGCACCAAAAUAGAUAUUUCAGGUUUUUGAAAGAACCGCCUUUAGAUUUUUUUUGACGUUUAAGUCCAUCCAGUUCAAACGGCUCAUUAAAUAAAUCCACACUGAACCCAGAMAGUGUUUCUAAACAAACAUUUAAAAGACAUCGUGCUGUUUUUCCUGUUUUAUUGCUGUUCUUAUAUGUGAUUUGCUAAUGAUUGGCAAGCGCAAUUACGGCAGCUAUUUGGGAUCUUACAUACGAAUGAGACUGAGAUGAUCAGAUUUAGAUUAUUUUUUUCCAUUUCAUGUGCCAAAUUUUAUUAAAACAGACAUUUGAGUGUUUGUGUGAUUGUCACAUUCAGCUGAUGUUUGUGUUUCUAAGWGCUCGUUUGUGUUAUUUAUCUUCUCUGUGGCUUCUGAGACCCUUUCAGACUAAAUGCACCUCCGUGUGCUCUUAAACCCAUCCGUGGUUCUUCUCCAACAAAUCGUAGGUGCAACACAGUCAGCUCUGUGAGCUGUGAUAAGUUGAUCCAGAUGCAGAAAAGCAAGCUGGAGGAAGAACCRUGUGUGAACUGCGUGACACAAGAUUCUGGUUGCAUCGAGACCUCAGAGCCUAGAGUUCAGACGACUUCCUUUUCCCUUGCUGCUCUGAACUUCUUCUCUCUCUUGUAAGCAGUACUUACCUGCGGGAAGUUAAGUGUAUUUUGCUCAGUAAUCCAAAUAGUGUGCUGUGGAGCUCAACAUUUGRCAUUUGAUCUGAAAACUCUCUGAAAAUAAAGCUAUUUUAUGUUCAAACCAAUCAAGAAGGCCGCACCAUACAUCUCACCACUAUCUGCCUGUUUCAUUACAUUGAUCUGUCAUAACCUUGUACGCAGCUUUUUCAAAUCAUGUACAUAUCAAUCAAAUUUCAUGCAAUGAUUGAAUAAAAGACUAUUUUGAU